AUGUCAUAUCUGGAAAAAUUAACUUUAUAUCUUCCUAUAAAAGGUCGAAAUAGAGUCAUUGAUGGUACUAACGUUCAACAUGAUAUUUUGGAUUAUAUGCCACAACUUCAUUCAUUUACUUUCUAUAUUUGUACUUAUGUGGAAACGGUUGAUUUAUCCUACAAGUUAUCUAGUGAAGAUAUUCAACAAACAUUAACAAAUAUUGGACAACAACAAGUUACGAGUAUAGUCAAUUAUAUUCAAGAUGGGACAGCUGUAUGCUCGAUUUUCUCACUUCCUUUUGAAUUUGAUCAUCUCAAAAAUCUGGGCAAUAAAUUUCCAAAUAUUGUAUUCAGUUGCGUUGCGUUUUUACUUGUAGAAGAUAUUAAUCCAUUCAAACAUGAAUUCUUCAUUCGAAUUGCCCGAUCGUUUCCAUUACUUAAAUGCUUACGUAUUUUUAAUAGAGAAUCACAAGGUUUAGAUGGUCUUAUGACAUUUUCAUCUGACAAUUGUCAAUUACACUCAAUUAUUGAAUACCCCCAUCUGACUAUACUUGAUGUCGCAUAUGCACAUAGAGAUUAUGUUGAACAAUUUCUUAAUGAAACAAAGACAUAUAUACCUUGUCUGGCGGAAUUUCAAGUCUCUGUUGAUGAUUUAAAAGCUGUAACAAAAGAUUUUACAAGAGAAGAAACACGACGCAAUUGUGCUAUGGUGAAACGAAUAUUUAGGUUAGGAUCAUUUGUAGAUCCGAAAGAUUUGUUUCUUUAUUUUCCUUCGUUGUAUAAGUAG